GGUAAUCUCGCGAUAUUUGGUUUCUUUGUGUGGCGCGGUUGUUCUCGGUCAGUAAAUCCGUUUGACGGAUUGCUAGUAAAACCCCCAAAAUCAGUUUUUGAACGAUUAUUAUUUUAAGAACAACAUUAUCACUAUUAAGAAAACGCAAACCUGUCAUCUGUGCGCCGCUUCUACAGAGACAGUACUCCACCCAAGAUCAUCUUAAAAUCCUCAUGGCACUGAGACGAGGCCCCAUAAGGUACCUGAAGGUGUGUGAGGUUCAGGCUCAGGGUGAUGGUCAGAUGACCUCCAAAGGACCCGGUGGAAAGGAGCUGUACAAUAACGGCUUCGUGGAGCAGAUGAUGGAGGACGACGACGCCCAGACCAACCUGAUCGUGAACUACCUGCCGCAGAGCAUGACUCAGGAUGAACUGCGCAGUCUGUUCAGCAGUGUUGGAGAGGUGGAGUCGGCCAAACUCAUUCGGGACAAAGUAGCAGGCCACAGUUUAGGUUACGGCUUUGUUAACUUUGUUAACCCUAAUGAUGCAGAGAGGGCUAUCAGUACCCUCAAUGGCCUGAGGCUACAGUCUAAAACUAUCAAGGUGUCGUUUGCUCGGCCCAGUUCAGACACCAUUAAAGAUGCAAACUUGUACAUCAGUGGAUUACCAAGAACACUGGGUCAGCAGGACCUGGAGGACAUGUUUGCUUCUUUUGGGCGCAUCAUAAACUCAAGAGUGCUGGUGGACCAGGCGUCAGGUCUGUCGCGCGGCGUGGCUUUCAUCCGCUUUGACAAGCGGUCAGAAGCGGAGGAUGCUGUCAAACACCUGAAUGGACACACCCCUCCUGGAGGCUCUGAGCCAAUCACGGUCAAGUUUGCCGUCAACCCCAAUCAAGCCAGGAACUCCCAGAUGAUGUCACAGAUGUACCACGGCCAAUCGCGGCGCUUCGGAGGUCCAGUCCAUCACCAGACGCAGAGGUUCAGGUUUUCUCCAAUGAGCUCAGACCACAUGGGCAACGGGGGCGGGGCCUCUGGAAGCGCGUCCUCCGGCUGGUGCAUCUUCAUCUACAACCUGACCCAGGAUGCAGAUGAGGGCAUGCUGUGGCAGAUGUUCGGGCCGUUCGGCGCCGUCGUCAACGUGAAAGUGAUUCGAGAUUUCAACACCAACAAGUGCAAAGGCUUUGGCUUCGUUACCAUGACGAAUUACGAGGAGGCCGCCAUGGCGAUCCAUAGCUUAAACGGGUACCGCAUGGGGGACAAAGUCCUGCAGGUGUCCUUCAAAACCAGCAAGGGACACAAGUAGAGGAGAGGUGGUGCUUGUGUCCGCAGAUUUUUAAGUUUCGUUACCUACUGUGUGGUUUUGUGUCGGCUGGAAGUUUUCAGCUGGUUGCUCACUUUUCUCCAAGCAUGGACAUCCUUUCUGCAACACCAGGGUCUCUGAGAAGAAAGUCCAGAGACUGACCCAGCCCGAUGAUUGACCCGUCGGGUUCCUUGUUUUGCUCAAUAUGAAGAACACAUCUGCUCUUGUUUUAUGUACUCGUGUCGUUGAUGGUACAUCUGUGUGAUUUCAGUUACCAACACCUUUACCCUUGAAGGUGUUUAAGAAUAAAUGUUCACCCCACACUAACCUCAUGCCAGUGUAACUAACUGUCAGAUUUUGUCAUAAAUGUAGACACUUGAGGAAAAUGGAUGUAUUUGAUUCAGAAUUCCUGUAUUUAAUCUCACCAUUUACAGAAAGCUUUCUCGAUAAAAAACAAGGUUUUGUUUUUUUAUUCCUGAUUUUGUAUUUUGUUUCUGCAUUAAAAGCUAUCCAUGAUAUAACUUGUUCAAACA